AUGGUGACGGAAUGCAGUUUCGACCGUGCCGCCGCCCUCGACGGGCUUGCGGCGAACCUGGCCACUCUUCUCGAGUGGAGCCGACUGCAUCACAGCGAUGGCAUCGGUUUCUUCCUCAUUACGAAUUGCGCUGUCUACAUAGACAACAUUGCGCCCACUGUUUGCUGCACCCAACACGAUGCGGUGCGCUGCGCGCGCUACGAGCUGAAGCUGCUCAAGACGCGUGCCUUUGCCGACUUGCUCGAGUUCGUCGCCGAUGACAGUCAUUCACCCACCGCCGAUGAUUUUGCGCAGGUCGGAACUGUCCACAAGACGGUCUCUGAGAGACAGGCUGCGAUUGUGGCCGAGAUCGUCGUCUCCCAACGCGUCAUCAAGCGGAUCGACAACCUUGUCACCGAGGCGCUUCUCAAGGCCUUCUUUUCCGACGACGCACUGCGGGCCAUCUACCGCGAGAAGGCCGACAAGGUCAGUGGCGCUGGUGGCACUUCCGUUGCCCUUUUGGCUGCAAUCCGCUCCGACAUUGCUGGAGUUCGGCCGAAGCUCCAGAGGAUCGUCCUCGAGACUGUCGGCAUCAAGCCUUUUCUAGCUGCUGGUUUUGGCACUCAGAGUGGACGGGUCCACUCCGACUUUCGGCGGCGUUACCUCCGCCUCACCCGGGCCAACGAUUGGCUCGAGGACGAGCGGCUCAAUUCCACACAGCUUACUGCGCUCCUCCACAAGUUCCUCUCCGAGCUGACCAGUGCGUCUUUCCGAUCCGACGUCGACGCCGCGCUGAACGCCAUCGUCUGCGCGAUGCGCAGCGCCGUCAUCACGGACAUGGAUGAGGCCGCGGUUCUUGAGGGGGUCGGCAACGCCAAUGAGGAUGCCGACACCGCUGAUUCCGAGUGCCGGUCCCUGCUCAGCGCCAUCGUUGAGGGCGAGCUCUCCGACAUCCUCAACAUCCAGGUCACCAGGCGCCACGACGGCUCAGUCCACGUGUCGCAGGAGCAGUAUGCCCGCCGGUUCGUGGAGCAGUUCCGCGAGAAGCUCAUCAAUCGCCUACGCGGACCACAACCUGUCCGACACGCCAACAUGCCGCCGUACACGCCCCAGCUUGCCGAAAGGGCAGGCAUCGCGCCGGCAUGGGAUCGCGCCGACUCUCCGUUGGGCUCCGGCAGCCCGGCCGAGGGCGAGGUACUGGAUGCCUCCAACCACCGUCAGAAAGCCGCCCUCCGCCUCGUGCUGGAGCGCCGUCACCGCCAGCUGCCGCGGCAUCACGCCACCGGGCUCUCGCAGCACCGCGCCACGCCUUCGAGCUCAGUCGACGUGUCGUUCCUCGUGCAGUACUUUUGCGGGCGCGGCCGCACUGCACGACAUGCGCGGCUCGCCAGCCGCUUCGUUCGCACGUUGCGCGAGAGCGCCGAAGCGAGCGGUGUCAGCCACGAGGUGCUCGUCAACGUGGACUCGCCGGACGUGCGCGACGGCGACCUGGCGGUGCUGGUGCCCGCAGUCGGCCCGUCCGGGCGCGUGCUCCUCGCGAGCAACGUCGGCGAGACUCGCGCGUACAACAACCUCGCCCGGAUGGCGCGCGGCACGCACCUCGUGCUGCUCCAGGACGACAUGCAGCUGCGGCCCGGGACGGGCGGCUGGCUGCGCCGCUCGCUCGGCCUCUUUGGGUCGCAGGCUGCGGCUCGGCGGCCGCUCGGGCUGCUCGGCUUCUCGGAGGGGGUCUGCUGCGUGGAGUGUCCGACGGCGACCCACCCGCACGAGGUCACGCGGCCACGCUGCGUCGAGCCGGGGACGGCGGAGCCUGCCGAGGCGGUGGCGUGCGCCACGAUGGGGCCGAUGAUGCUGGCGCGAGGGCUCUUCCUCGCCCUCGGAGGCUUCAACGAGAGCCUCUCUGCGCGCGGCGCCCCGUCGACGCUCCUCGACUGCGAGCUGUCCGCGCGGGUCUGGCUCGCCGGGAGGGCGGUCUUCAUCGCGCCGCCGCUGGUCAACCCGUCAGCCGCCGAGGCGCACGUCGCGUGGCGCGCGCCCGGCAUCGCCGCCGCCGACGGCGUCCGCUGCGCGUGGGUGCGCUCAGCCUUUUACUCGGCGCGCGUGCUGCCGGCUCUCGCCGCCUCGGUGUCCGCCGCGCUGCUGCCGCCCGCAGACCCGGCCCUCGCGGUGGACGUCUCCUUCCUGAUGCAGUACUGGGCGGGCGGCCGCGACGGCGCUUCGAAGCCGCAGUCCGCCGCAGGGACCCUCCUCUCCCUCCUCGCGGCGGCGGCGGCGGCGGGCGUCUCCUCCGAGGUGCUCGUGAACGACGACUCCUCCGUCUCGUCGCACACUUCGCACACUUCGCUCUCGCGAGAGGCGGCCGUGGCCACCGACCGCCCUGCCGCCAAGGGCUCCGCUUCCCCCGCCAAGGGCGGGCCCGUCGGGGACGCGGCCCGGCUCAUGCGCUCCGCCGGGCCGAACGGCGCGGUGCUCCUCUCGCCAAACGUGCACGAGCUGCGCGGGUACAACUCUCUCGCCCGGCUCGCGCGCGGCGCCGUCCUCAUCUUUCUGCAAGACGACGACAGCCCUCCAGCGGCGAGGCCUCCGCACGGCCCGGCGUGGCUCUACGACGAGCACGUGGUUGGCGUCCAGCGGAUCGACGACCUCCCCGGCUGGUACCCGCGCUGCGCCGAGAGGGGCUCGCGCGCGCGCGUCGAGGCGGCGCGCUGCGUCGACGUCGGCCCGCUCUUUGUGCGGCGGAGCCAGUUCCUGCAGAUCGGCGGCUUCAACGAGUCGGGCGUGCCUCGCGGCGAGCCGGGCUCGGCGCGGAUGGCGCUCGGGCUCGGGCUCGCGCCCCUCGCGCUCGGGCUCGCGCCUGCCGACCGCUGGGCGUACGGCCGCACGCACGUGGCGUGGGACCACCCGAAGAUGGAAGAGGGGCACAAGUGGCGCAUGCUCGACUACCGGCAGCGGUACGAGCUGCCCCGCUCGGCGUCGCGCCUCGCCAUCGAGCGCGCCUGCCGAGACCUCAACGGGGAGUUCGACUGCCCCGUCGCGGAGAUAGCGAGAAAGCCCGCCAAUAAGCUGGAUUGUGCCGUCGUGGAGGCCCCGGGCACGUGCGAGGUCUGA